GGGAGCAUCCAGCAUGGAACCCAGGACCGUCCGGCUGCGGAGCCCCCGUGCCGCCCACCGCGCCGCCGCCGCCGCCACCGCCGCCGCCGCCUCCUGCGGGAGCGGGAGGUGGUCGGGUGUGGGGAGCUUGUCGCCUGGCCGAGCUGGGCUCCAGGCUGGGCGCGACCACUGACCAGAUUCGUGACCUCGGGCUUAACUUUACCCCUUCACCUCUCUGGGUCUUGGUUUCUCCGCCUGUGAAAUCGAGGGUCUCCAUCACCCAACUCCAUGCUUCGAGUCCUGCUCUCUGCCCAGGCCUCUGCUGCUCGGCUGACGGGCCUGCUGCUGCUCCCAUCAGCACAGCCCUUCUGUCUGGGGCCCAGCAAGUGGGGGGACCGGCCUCCUGGAGGAGGCUCCCGCGCAGGCCCCGUGCAGGGGCUGCAGCGGCUUCUGGAACAGGCGAGGAGCCCUGGGGAGCUGCUGCGCUGGCUGGGCCAGAACCCCACCAAGGUGCGCGCCCACCACUACCCUGUGGCGCUUCGUCGUCUCGGCCAGCUCUUGGGGUCCCAGCCACGGCCCCCUCCUGUGGAGCAGGCCACACUGCAGGACUUGAGUCAGCUCAUCAUCCGAAACUGCCCCUCCUUUGACAUUCACACCAUCCACGUGUGUCUGCACCUUGCAGUCUUACUUGGCUUCCCCUCAGAUGGGCCCCUGGCGUGUGCCCUGGAGCAGGAGCGAAGGUCCCGCCUCCCUCCGAAGCCGCCGCCUCCUCUGCAACCUGUCCUUGGAGGUGGGCAAAGGUUGGAAGCUGCUCUGAGCUGCCCCCGCUUCCUGAGGCAUCCACAGCAGCACUUCAUCCGAAGUCUGGCAGAGGGCAGGCCAGAGGAGCUGACACCUCACGUGAUGGUGCUCCUGGCCCAGCACCUGGCCCGACACCGGUUGCGGGAGCCCAAGCUUCUGGAAGCCAUUGCCCACUUCCUGGUGGUCCAGGAAGGCCAGCUCAACAGCAAGGUGGUACAGAAGUUGGUCCUGCCCUUUGGGCGGCUGAACUACUUUCCCCUGGAACAGCAGUUCAUGCCCUGCCUUGAAAGGAUCCUGGCUCGGGAGGCAGGGGUGGCCCCCCUAGCCACUCUCAACAUCUUGAUGUCACUAUGCCAGCUGCAGUGCCUGCCCUUCCGAGCCCUGCACUUGGUCUUCUCCCCAGGUUUCAUCAACCACAUCAGCGGCACCCCUCAUGCCCUGAUUGUGCGGCGCUACCUCUCCCUGCUGGACAUGGCCGUGGAGCUGGAGCUCCCUGGAUACCGGGGUCCCCGCCUUCCUCGAAGGCUGCAAGUGCCCAUCUUCCCCCAGCCACUCAUCACUGACCGUGCCCGCUGCAAGUACAGUCACAAAGACAUAGUGGCAGAGGGGCUGCGCCAGCUUCUGGGGGAGGAAAGAUACCGCCAGGACCUGACUGUGCCUCCAGGGUACUGCACAGACUUCCUGCUCUGUGUCAGCAGCUCUGGUGCUGUGCUUCCCAUGAAGACGCAGGACCCUUUCCUACCGUACCCUCCCAGGUCCUCCCAGAGCCAGGCUGCCUCUCAGCAGACUGCCCGAGAUGCUGCCCAAAGGGUGGUGCUGAUGCUGCGUGAACGCUGGCAUUUCUGCCGGGAUGGCAGGGUGCUGCUGGGCUCCCGGGCCCUGCGGGAGCGGCACCUGGGCCUGAUGGGCUACCAGCUCCUGCCGCUAUCCUUUGAGGAACUGGAGUCACAGAGAGGCCUGCCGCAGCUCAAGAGCUACCUGAGACAGAAGCUCCAAGCCUUGGGCCUCCGCUGGGGGCCUGAAGGAGGCUGAGGGGACGCACAUGGGGUUGUGAUGGCCCCCCCGUGGGGGGCGGGCAAUUUGCACUUUGGCUCCGUUUUGUGUUUCAUUAAAGUCUCUUUCCU